UCGAAUCAUUCCUAUUUUCUUAUUCGGAUUGUGCGCGUCGAGAUUCAAACACCGGAAAAAUUAAAGCAAUUAAAAAAAAAACGAGUUUCUAAUUCACACAAAUAUUUUAACUAGCACGUGUUAUUUAAAAAACGGAUACCUAUAAGGGUCACAAUUAAACUAAACCGUCCUGUAGCGGUUAUUUCAGAGAACAGUUCUUUAAGUGAAAAAAAGAUAUCAGAAAUAAAUUUUUCCCGCCAAAAAAUGUAUAAGCUUGUCAAUAAAGCUGGUUCCGAAAUGGCCCUUUCCAAAGUCAACUCCGAUAAAACUGAAAUGGACCAGGAGAGUUAUUUACGCGAUGCUACACAUAAUUUUCGGGGGAUAGAAAAACCUCUCAAAUAUGGGCCCGCCAUUGAUACGUUAAAAGAUCUGAUCGCCGCACUUCAUAAGGAAUUCGAGACGAACUAUGUGAAUAUUGAGAUGGUUAAUCACAUAAUGUUGACAUAUAAAUCGAAUGCAAGCGAAUGGAAACGUUUCGCCAAGUUCGAUCGUUUCAAGUAUACACGUAAUCUGGUUGACGCCGGUAAUGGCAAAUUCAAUUUGAUGAUAUUAUGUUGGGGUGAAGGACAAGGCUCAGCCAUUCAUGAUCAUGCUGAUUCACAUUGUUUCAUGAAAAUACUUAAAGGUGAUCUACAAGAAACAAGAUAUGAAAUGCCAUGCACGAAGAUUGUAGAAAUGCCAAACGUGGAUAUUGGUCUAAUUGACGAUGAUGUUGGUCAAGAAUUUAAUAGCGAAGAACUGAAAGCAGUAGGCUCCUCUACUAUAACUGUGAAUGAUGUAGCCUAUAUAAAUGAUAAUAUUGGCCUGCAUCGUGUGGAAAAUCCAAGCCACAUCGACACCUCAGUGUCGCUCCACUUGUAUUGCCCACCCUUCAAUGAGUGUACCGUGUUUCAUAAGAACUCUGGUAAACGUAUAAAAUGCCCUGUGACAUUUUCAAGUAAAUACGGCGUGCGUCAAACCCAAUCCAAAGAAUAAAGACUGCUUCGCUUGUGACUACCUUGCACACUGUAACGAAAAAACUUUAUUUACCAUCUUUAUAAAAAACUGUGGUUGAUUGAAAGUUUUGAAGGACUACCUAAGAAACCACACACGAUCCAGCUUUAAAUCCUUUUUUAUUACACAUCUGUUUAAAGCUUAUGUAUAUUUAUA